GGAAGUGAUUUCCAGCUGGCAAACAGAUUGUAGUAAAUCAGUUUUAGUUGUCGGUGGAAAGGAAAAUAACAACGGACCUUACUUCAAAAUGGACUGUCCACGCUGGUUGCCUCUGGAGUCGAAUCCAGAAGUCAUGACAAAGUUUGCCAAUUGUUUGGGUAUGAGACCGACCUGGCAAUUUGGAGAUGUGUAUGGAUUGGAUCCAGAGCUUCUCAGCAUGGUACCAAGACCAGUGUGUGCAGUGCUGCUUCUGUUCCCGGUGACAGAGAAGUAUGAAACUUUUAAGCAAGAGGAAGAAGAGAAACUGAAGGAUCAGCCACAGGAGGUCUCUCCUAAUGUCUACUUCAUGAGGCAAACUAUUGGAAACGCCUGUGGAACAAUAGGAUUAAUUCAUGCAGUGGCAAACAACCAGGCACACCUGGACUUUGAGCCAGAUUCUGCUCUUAAGAAGUUUCUAGAACUAACCUCUAAAAUGACCCCAGAGGAAAGGGCCUCCUUCCUGGAAAAAGAUGAGAGUAUACGUGUUACACAUGAAUCCAGUGCACAGGAGGGCCAGACUGAGGCCCCAAGUUUAGAUGAGAAAGUGAAUCUGCAUUUUAUAGCUUUUGUGAAUGUUGGCGGACAGUUAUAUGAACUGGAUGGCCGAAAGCCUUUCCCUAUUGUCCACGGAAAAACUUCAGAGGAUACUUUUCUCGAGGAUGCUGUAGAGGUUUGUAAGAUCUUCAUGGCUCGCGACCCUCAGGAGGUUCGUUUCACCAUCAUUGCCCUCUCCAAAGACUCAUUCUGAGGAAAGUCCCCUGUGGCCCCAGAAAACAAAGGAAACAUGACUGCCAAACAUUCUCAAGUGCUAACUUCAUUGGAUUUUUUUUUUCCAAAGUACUUUAGCAAGGGAUAUGGGGAAAAUAAUAGAAUGUCAGGGAUCUCGUACUAAAGUAAUGCUCCAUUUUUGUCAUAGCAUCACUUGCUACAUGAGGCUGAAAUCCUCAGAGAAUUAGAGCGCUGCUGUGCAACUUAAAGUAUUUCAUGUUAAGAUCAAAAUCUUCCAGUUCCCCACUGCUGAAACAUCUCGACAACUACACUGCACUAAAGUUAGUUUACAUGGCAUGUUUGGCUUUCAAUUCAGAGAGAAAUUUACCAGAUUUUCCACAUCACUGAGGGAACGCAACCUCUUUUUUACUCUGGGUUCAAUGAUGCAGUGCAUUCAGAAAGUAUUCACAGCGCUUCACUUUUUCCACAUUUUGUUAUGUUACAGCCUUAUUCCAAAAUGGAAUAAAUUGUUUUUUCACUCAAAAUUCUACACACAACACCCCCAUUAUGACAACAUGAAACAAGUGUUUAUGAACUGUUAGCAAAUUUAUUGAAAAUAAAAAACAAAAAUCACAUGUACAUAAGUAUUCACAGCCUUUACUCAAUACUUUGUUGAAUAUGAUGCCACAAGCUUGGCACACUCAUCUUUGGGCAGUCUCACCCAUUCCUAUUUGCAGCACCUCUCAAGCUCCGUUGGGUUGGAGACAUGUGAUUUCUUAGUUUUUUUAUUUUUAAUAAAUUUCAAAAACACUUUUCACGUUGUCAUAGUGGGGUCUUGUGUGUGGAAUUUUGAGGGAAAAAAUGAAUUUAUUCCAUUUUGGGAAAAGGCUGAAACAUAACAAAAUGUGGAAAAAGUGAAGAUGCAGUGUACAUACUGUAUGUAGUGAUUUGUUUUUGAUCAUAUGUAUAACAACAUGGUCAAAACCAGCUGAAGAUGAUUUGCAAGGCUUUAAUUUCAGUCAUAGCUUUGAAAAAGCAGAUAGGCCUAAUGCUGUUGUAUGCAGUAAUGAUGUUCUGAAAAGCUUAUCAAAAAAAAAAAGUCUCCUGUAAGUGAGGCCGACUGAACAUCAGUGCGGACG